CGACGAUCGCCACCAUGCAGAGUAUGCGGAUGCUUGACAAGCAGGACGAGAAUGAGGAAGCUGAGGAAGUGACAUGGGAGGACCAGCAAAGAAUAAACUCAUUCUCGAAGCUGAAUACGCGCGUACGGGACCUGAAUGAGAAGUUGAAGGAGUUGAAGGUCGAGAAGGAAGCUCUAGAAGAUCUCUCAACUGAGCUUGAACUUGCUGACGAAGAUGAACCUGUGCUCUACAAGGUCGGCGAGACCUUCCUCCACCUUCCCCUCCCUCGUGCACAAAAACGGCUUGCACGCGACCAGGCGGACGUCGAGAAACGGUUAGCAGCUGCGGCUGACAGCGUCGAUGACUGCGAGCGACAGAUGAAAGAGCUGAAGGUCGUCCUCUACGCAAAGUUCGGGAAGGCGAUCAAUCUGGAUGAGUAGUCUGGCGAUUGAGAGGAUGACGCUUUGCCUUCGAUGUAUUCACCAGCUGUAUCAGUAUACACCACGUCCACUAUACCAUGCACACCUGGGAUGAGCUGUGU